AUGGCCGACGGCGGGGCCGAGCCCCGGGACGAGGACAAGCACCUGGGGGGCCAGGACCCCACGGCCCCGCAGCCCCCCGCACCCAGCCCGGGCCGCAGCAGGGCCCUCCUGCUCGCUGAGGACACCACAGCCAGGAAGAGACCCCGGCUGAGCCUGGGCGCCCGGGCCAGCCCCAGCCACCCGCGGGGACCCGAGAGCCCCUGGGAGCCCGGGGGUGCCGGGGGGUGCCGGGGGCCACGGGUGGGCAGGGUGACGGGGCUGUACGCCCAGCUGCUGCGGGAGCUGGAGGCGGAGGUGGGGGAGCUGCAGCGGGCGCUGGAAGCCCGAGACGAGGCCGUCCUGAGCCGCGACCGCCGUAUUCGGCAGCUGGAGCUGGAGAACCAGCAGCUCCGGAGCCACGUCCACAGCCUGGAGGAGGAGAACGACCUGCUCUCCUCCGCGGGCGGCUGCGGGGGAACCUUGGCCACCGCUGCCACCGCUGCCACCGCCACCGGGACCCUGCUGGCCUCGGGCACCGGCUGCAUUGGCGUCAGUGACAGCAACAUCCAGUUCCUCAAGGGGCUCGUGGGGCUGCUGGAGAGUGACGCCGCCACGCAGGUUGGGGGGCUCCAGCCCUUCUCCGCUCCCAGCCCCGGGGAGCAGGGCUGUGCCCCAGCCAACGUCCCGCGGAGCCCCCCAGCCUGGUCGCUGCGGGCAGGGCUGCCCGGCGGCUUCCCCCCCUGCCUGGGCACCGAGGAGGGGGCCGGCAGCCCCGCCGUGCUCGCCGACACCGCCUGCCUCUGGGAGGAGAGCGGGAGGGACACGCUGCCCGACGGCACCCCGCUCUGGGCCUCACCCGUCGAGGAGAACGGGAGGCCCAAACUGGAGCUGGUCCCCAACUCAGGGGUCUACAUCACCCACCCGCAACUGGACGACCUCUCGCAGGUCUCCACCGACAAGCCCAAGCUCAUGACCCGGCGGCUGCUCGAUUACUUCUUCUCGCGGGAGACGCUGGCCCGGUCCUCGGCCACGGGGCAGCGCAUCGCCCAUAACAACACCACCAUGGAGCGGCCACUCCGCCUGCCUGUGGCCGUGGUCAAUGCCAUCAAAGAGUACGUCACCAAGAUGUGCGGCCGCGGCUGCAACUUCAAUGCCGUCAUCAACAGCAAGUGCGGCACGUCCCGGCGGGCCGUCAAGAAGAUGGUGGUGAAGAUGGAGUGAGCUGAGACCCACGGGACAGCCACAGCCCUCUGGCCACCCAGGGGCAUGAGCCCGGAGCCCUCUGGUGCCGCAGACAGGGAGAGGGGACAGGGAGGGACAUGACGGGGACGGUGGGAUUGCACCCUCAUGCUUACAGAGGGGCUGCAACUGGAGGAUUGACCCUACGGAGACCGGCUGGCUCAGCCCCACAUCCCCAUGGUGGGAGAGCCCACGGCCACAUGUCCUGCUCCCUCCAGCAGCGGGGAGUGGGUGCUGGAAGGAGCAAGGGCUGGUUGGAGCAGGGAGAUGCAGGUGCCGCGUGUCUUACCGGCCGGUGACAGGGUCAGCGUCGUCGUGCCGGGGUCCCCCAGUGCAGAGGGCAGAGCUGCUCCCGCACACAGCAGCAGCUCCACGCGUCCAGCCACGGCCCAGGACUGUUUUCCCAUAAAUAAGUUCAUUUCCAGUGAUAUUUGGGAUUCCUGUAAAUAAACCCCACUUUCUUUCUGCCCGAGAAGGCCGGCAGCUCGCCCUCCCUGCAGCCAUGCCGAGCGUUUCGCCUUCAGCUCUUCACCGCUGUGGUUGGCUCUUGCUGCAUGUCCAGCUGCAGCUGGCACAGCCCCAGUUGCGGCAGUGCCCGGCCCAGCACCACGGCGCACACCAUGCCGGCUUGGGAGAGAAAGGACCCUCGGUGGCACACGCUGCACUGGAUUUGCCUCUGGUGACUAAAUUUAUUUAGCAAGGAAAGCUGCCGGCUGACUCCACACCGGCCAACCAGUUACAGUUAAUAAAGUAUAACAGAUCUGUCACGUAAUCCAGAAAACAAUCUCGGGCAGUUACAACUAAAAAAUAAAGUGGAUUUGUUUAAUUUAAAAGCUCAAAAAUAACAAGCCAUAUGUUUUUUAAACAUGUAGUAAACACAAAAGCAAUAUAAUCUAUGAUACAAUGUACACUAUACACAGUGGGGAUGGCGGGCAGCACACGGUGGGAGGAAAGGGGGCUGAAGUCCCAAAAUUCAAAAGGAAACGCCACGUCACUUGGAAACAGAAAAGUGGGGAAAGAGAAAUCAUCAGAGAGAAAAAAACCUCUUCAGUAUUGGAAAAGAAAUGUUAGGAGAAAAGGGGGGCAAGAAGAUGGGCAGCAUCUUACAGAGAAAUUAAAUAAAGAUUAAAAAAAGCACUCACAAUACACAGUGUUUGUAAUCGGGAGCGGGGAGCGUAAGGCAACAAUCUCCAUAGA